UCGCGCCACUUACAAACAAUAUCACGACAAGGUAAAUAGCGAUGAAAUGUCGAUUUUGUGAGGCAGUAUACGUAAAACUCCUAACGAUCUAACGUUCGAUCUUGAUUUGGAUACGUUUCCUGAACGAUCAUGUCGGGCUACGGAGUACCUUCAGUGGCCAUGACGCCCUUUUUAAACGAAGGAAAAGCCAUCCAAGAUUUGACGAGUCUUCUUCAGCUUAUUGAGGACAAAGGAGAGCUCAAGGAACUUCUGGAGAACGAAAGUCAGCUCAAUGAUCUAAUCGCAGAUAAUGAGGAGGUUAAGAGAAUCAAAGUGCAGCGUGAGACACUUAUGGCAAGCAACAGAAGUCUUGCAGAGUACAAUCUGUCACAGCAGCCAAUACUGGAAGCAAAGAAAAAUGCACUUUUCAAUGCCCACCAAAGCAAGACUGCAAUUCAAGAGACAUAUGAACAGAAAAGACAAAAGCUAGAAGAACUUUCGAGCCAAUAUUCACCAGACACAACAUUAGCAUUACUACAAACUUCUGCAGCACAAGCAGAGGAAGAAGCUGAGAAAAUUGCCGAUAAAUUCCUAGAUGGUGAAAUUAAUGCUGAGGACUUCAUUCAGGCAUUUCAAAGUCAGAAGACUAUUCACAGCUUACGAAAAAUAAAAACUGAAAAAUUGACUGAGCUAUUAAGGAGUAGAAUGUCUUCCCAGUAUUCCUAUAGGCUUUAAUGGUUCAUAUUCUUUAACAAGUAGAACAAUUACAUGUAAAAAAUAAACAGGCUUGUGGUCUUUUAUUUGAAAUAAAGUAAAGCCCUGUGACUAUUGUCAAACUCUGUGGUGGGGGCCAGCCACAACAAAGAUUUAAGACUUAACUUGACUGUGAUUUCUGUGGUUGAAAAGGCAUGAAUUGGAGUUGGUAGAUUAGGAUGAAAUACUUUAGAUUUCUCAACCUUUUAAUGGCAAAAUGAAAAUUUAUACUCCAUGUGAAAUCAUCAACAUACUAGUUUUUACAGAGCAGGCCCUGGUGGUUAGAAGGAUGGAUAACACUAUACACUGGAUAAAUCUCUAUCCGGUGGAUAGCGUAGUACGUUUUGGUAACGCUUAUCCGCUGGAUAGCGAUUUAUCCGUUGGAUAGCGUUAUCCACCCUUUGAACAACCAGAGCGAGUUGUUUUGGGCAUUUUGCUAUACAGUAAAUGGUUUGAACCCAGGGGUAACAUGUGAAAGUGUAGUGCAAUCAUCCGGGUGAGUGUAGUCCUGAGAAGGACUGUUGUUGGUAGUGGUGCCUGAUGUUUAGACAACCUGGGGGGAAGUCAUCAUCAGAGUCAAAGCGUGUUAAGUGUGAAUUGUCAGUCUGGGUCUGACUCAGAUUAAACUGACUGAAAUGGGGAUUUAAGCCCAGAUUGAUAUUUUUCACCUCGGAUGAAGCAAUCUGUAAAAUUAAAUAUAGUAGGUAUGUAACAGGCUGGGAAUUAUGCUUAAAUGUUUACUUGUAAUGCAAGCUUUAGAUGCCAUUGUGUUCACAUAGCUUGGAAUUGGUUUCAUUACUUUAAUUUUCUUUAGCAUAGCUCACUUCAAAGUGUAGUUCAAAGCUAAUUUUUGGGUUUAAAUUGAUAAUUACUGGUUUGAAAUGAAUGUGGUAUGCAUAUGGUUUGAGACCAACAGACAGUUGGACAGGUGUCAGAAAGCUUUCCAAAAGCUUGAAAGUUGUGUGAAAGAGCUUGCUCUUUUGUACAAUGUUAGUCCAUCAAAUUUUUGUGCAACCUUCAGGCACUGGUUUGUCAUGUCUUGUUAUACAUAGUUUCUUGUCAUCUAUGUAAUUUUUUUAGUUUAAACUGAGAAUAAAGAAAAAGUGUUGCUUUC